AUGGCACGUCUGAGCAAUCUAGAUCUCAUCAAGGCGGUAGACAUAUUUCCUUACGACCAAGAAGGUGUGAGCAGAGUAUUUUCUGAGCCGCUGUAUACACUCGUGCACCGAAGCGCUGCCGGGGACGAUGUCACACUAGGCUAUAUGCACCCCCCCGUUGUGCAGUCGCUUUUCUCUAUCCCAGAAUCCAUCCGUGGUCCCUUGGAGAUCGACCCGGAGGCUCGGACUGUCCGCGCCUUUGACCUGCCCACCGAGGCUGAGCGCACCAAGGUCGUGGGUAAUGUAAUGCAGUACUGGCACACCAACGGAUCGUGGCAAAUCAUCAAGAAAUGGAGGAACGAGCCUUGGCCUGUCUAUAGUACCGACGGUGGCGAACUGCUGUACAGUGUCGAGAGAGCCGGGGCUGGAUUGUUGGGAGUCAUGAGGUACGGUGUACAUAUGACGGCAUAUGUGAAGGACGAGGCAGCCAAGCAUGGCGUUAAAAUCUGGGUGCCGAGACGUGCAAACAACAAAAGCAACUACCCUGGUAUGCUGGACAACACCGUUGCUGGAGGUCUGAUGACGGCAGAAGACCCUUUCGAGUGUAUCAUCCGGGAAGCAGACGAGGAAGCCGACCUGCCAGAACCGAUGAUGAGAGAGAGGUGCAAGCUGGCUGGCACCGUCGUCUAUCUUUACAUUACAGACGAAAGGGCGGGCGGAGAAAAAGACCUCGUAUAUCCCGAAACUCAAUGGGUUUAUGAUAUUGAGCUACCUGACCAUGUCAAACCGACACCCAAGGACGGCGAGGUCGAGGAAUUCUACUUGUGGACCGUGGAGCAGAUACAGGAAGCAUUGGCUGGGGGAGAGUUCAAGCCCAAUUGCGCUUUGGUAUUGAUAGAUUUCUUCAUUCGAAGAGGCAUCUUGACCAGGGAGAACGAGCCGGACUUUGAUGAGAUCAUCCGGAGGAUGCACCGGAAGACUCCCUUUCCUGGUCCGCACCAAAUAGCAUCUCCAUCGAUUUCGUUACAAUAG